AUGCCUCAAGACCUUCCAGAUGAUGAACAUGUGUAUCCAAAUAUCAAACGCAAUCCGCUGCACGAGGUGACCAAGACAUCAUACCUACUAGGGAUCCUUCUGGGUAUUUUUGUAGGUCUUUUCCCGCAAACCAGGUUCAAAAAUUUUAACUUGUUUAUUAUUGCCUUGUCCUUAUUCCAUUUUUUGGAGUAUUAUAUCACAGCUAAAUACAACCCUCUCAAAGUACAUUCAGAGUCAUUUCUUUUGAACAAUGGGAAAAGUUACAUGGCGGCGCAUUCCUUUGCCAUUCUGGAAUGUCUUAUCGAGAGUUUUCUUUUUCCCAACCUGAAAUCUUUCAGCUGUUCUCAAACCACUAAGUUCUGUACCAUACUUGGAUGUCUUCUAGUAAUUCUGGGGCAAUAUACCAGAACUGUUGCCAUGCACACUGCAGGGCAUUCUUUUUCACACAUUGUGAAAACCAAGAAGGAGUUUGAUCAUGUAUUAGUGAAAUCUGGCAUUUACUCAUGGUCAAGGCACCCAAGUUAUUUUGGGUUUUUUUGGUGGGCAAUUGGAACUCAGUUACUUCUUCUAAAUCCUAUAUCAUUGCUUAUUUUCAUUUCUGUGCUUUGGAAAUUCUUCAAUGAUAGGAUUCGUGUUGAAGAAAAAUAUUUGAUAGAGUUCUUUGGUACAGAAUACACAAACUACAAGCAUAAAGUUGGUGUUGGAAUACCGUUUUUACAGUAG